AGAGAAGCGGCUAAAAAACCUUCAGUCACAGAAAUCAUGGCACAGGCGGUGCAGAAACUCGUGGCUAAAGUGCCAACACUUGUCGGAGCCGCAGUCAACUACUCCAAGCCCCGGCUAGCCACAUUCUGGUAUUACGCCCGUGUGGAGCUGGUGCCUCCAACCCCUGCCGAGAUUCCCAAGGCCAUCAGCGGCUUCCAGGACAUGCUCAAGGCCUUUCAGUCAGGACGGGUCGGUCAGACAACAGUCAGGGAUGCUGUGAGGAAUGGUCUUGUGGCCACAGAAGUUCUGAUGUGGUUCUACAUCGGGGAGAUCAUUGGGAAGAGAGGCCUCAUUGGCUAUGAUGUAUAAAUGUGGACUGUCCUGCUUGCUUGUUCUCUUGGCUGAGCUUUGUCUGUUUUCUUUAUCAGAUUCUUGGAAUCCAGGAACGAAAUAAAUGAAUAUUAUUAACGAAA